GAGGGAGCGCCUCCACAGUGUGGGGAGUUUGAAAGACUGUAAACAUGGCUGAGUUUCCUAACGUUGGAAAGCAAUGCAGUGUUGAAACUUGUAAACAAUUAGAUUUUCUUCCAUUUGAGUGUGAUGGAUGUGAAAAGAUAUAUUGCUCGGAUCACAGGACAAAGGAUGGACACAACUGCUCCCGCAUUUGUGUUAAAGGCAACACAGUGGAGUACACGGGGGAGAAGGGCUUCACAUGUGCCCUGGAGGACUGCAGCAACCGGGAACUCACCCCUGUCGUGUGUCCACAGUGUCGCAGGAGCUUCUGUCUCAGCCAUCGGCACCAGCAUGAUCACCGAUGUGAGAAACUGGAUCUAACGGUGAAGGUGUCGAAGACAGCAGAACAUGUCAAACAGAUACUUGAAUCAAAGAAAGGCACAAUUGGUCCUCCGAAGCACCGGGGCUCGAAGAAUCCGAAGAUGGCCGCUAAAGUUGCCUUGAUGAAGCUGAAGCAGCAUGCGGUGGGUGAGAAGGGGAUCCCGGAGUGUGAGAAGAUCCACCUCGCCGUCCAGCUGCCGGCGUCACACACACACAAGGCCAUGUAUUUCUCAAAGAAGUGGACAGUAGGCAGAAUGAUUGACUUCGCUGCAUCAAAAGCUGGUUUCACAAAUCUCAACAACACAGGAGCUGAGAAGAAGCUGCGCCUGUUCGUGUUGGACACUGGGGCGUUACUUCCGGUAGAGGUAUCUCUGGAAUCCCUCCUGGACGGGGAAGCUCAGCUGUACAAUGGGUCGUCAGUUGUAUUGGAGAAUGUAGCCCCUGACUGUCACAAUAUACACGACCUACCCUCAUAGCACUGCCAUGUUGUUCAUGUCAAUACAUUGUAAAUAAAUCAUGCUGAUGUU